AUGAACCCCGCUCCGCCCGCCCACGCCCACGCACCCUCCCUCAAAACCCCCCUCACAACCGCACAGCAACAGCAACAGCUCGCCGCAGGACGCAAUGUCUCGCCCUCCCCAGGCCUCCGCUACCCAAGCAACAAAAAGACAAUCUACGACCGCAAUCUGAGCAGGAGCAAGAACGCGGAACUCAGCCGCGCCGCAUUCGGAUAUCUGUUUGUCGAGAUGAUAGGCUAUGCGCAGCGCCGCGUGCGAGGCGUUGCUGAUCUGGAGAAACGGCUCAACGCACAGGGCUACCCGCUCGGCCUCAAACUCCUCGACCUCCUCCUUACGCGCUCACCACUACCCAGUACCUCGCCCUCGCUGCGACCCACGCGCAUCCUCCCUCUACUCCAAUUCAUCACCACGACGCUCUGGAAACACCUCUUUGGCCGGCCUGCCGACGCGCUGGAACGCUCCGCCGCAAACGCAGACGAGUACAUGAUCUCGGACAAUGAGCCGCUCGUCAAUACGUAUAUUAGUGUACCUAGGGAGAUGAGCCAGCUCAACUGCGCGGCCUAUGUGGCUGGGGUGAUUGAGGGCGUGUGUGAUGGGGCCGGGUUUGCGACGAGGGGAGUGAGUGCGCAUUGGGUUGGGGAAGGGGGAGGGGAGGGCGGAAAGGGGAUGUGGCCAGGGAAGACGGUUUUCUUGAUUCGGUUUGCGGAUGAGGUGUUGGAGAGGGAAGAAAUUUUGGGGAAGAAUGGCUGA